AUGAUCUCGGAUAUCAACGGAUCACCCAAAGAUGAGCAGUCGGUCAUUGAGAGUGAACUAGACUCGGAUUCGACAGGAACUCGCCGAGUUAUGCGAGGACUGUCAACUUCCAGCGCCUUCAUCGAUAGGCUCGAGCCAACAGCACCGCUAUCAUUUCGGGUCAAGAUUUUCCAGGAAUGCCACAACAAAGUGAUCUCACUGUCGCUGUCUCCAGCACCUCCGUCCCAUGGCGCAUUCAAGUCCACCACAAAGCCAAAGUACAGUAAAGCCUAG